AUGCUGGAGGGCGUCCUAGCGUCCGUACUCAAUCGAUUCCUCGCAUCCUAUGUGGAUGGAUUGAAUACGAACCAGCUCAAUGUCGCGAUAUGGAGUGGUGACGUAAAGCUGCGAAACCUGCGCUUGAAGCGCUCUGCGCUGGAUAAGCUGCGUUUGCCUAUUGACGUAAAAGAAGGGUACUUGGGCCAGCUUACCCUCACUAUUCCAUGGUCCAACAUAAAGGGAAAGUCCGUCCGGAUGCUCAUUGAGAAUGUGUCGCUCUUAGCGGUACCACGCGAUGCGUCUGUGCCGGUGGAUGAGGCGGAGGAGGACGAGCGACAGCAGGCUCUUAAGCAACAGAAGCUCAUUCAGUCUGAACUUCUGUAUUCAGGUGCUUUGGAGAAGACUGAAGAAGAUGCACAAAAGACAGAGUCAUUCAUGAGCUCACUCUUUACGCGCAUUGUUGAUAACGUGCAAGUGACGGUGCGAAACAUUCAUAUACGAUACGAAGAUGCGCUCUCGUCGCCGGAGCACCCGUUUUCACUUGGUAUCACACUCGCCGAACUGUCGGCUGUGUCUACUGAUGGCAAUUGGGAGCCCACGUUCGUGCACAACUCUGCGUCAGGGAUCCACAAACUGGCGCGUCUGGACUCUCUAAGCAUCUACUGGGAUGCUGGCACCGAGUUCCUGACUACGAUAUCCUCGGAAGAUCUCCAGCAGAAGUUGAAUGAGCUGAUUGCGUCGAAAGACCACGUGCCUGAGCACCAAUAUGUGCUGCAACCAGUGUCUGGCGUGGGCAAGUUUGUGAUGCGGCGUCGGGCGACAAAGGAGCAUGCAAAAAUGGACGCACAGCUUGUUUUUGAUCAGAUUGGCUUGACGCUAAGUGACGAGCAAUACAGUGAUGCCCUGAGCAUGCUGAACCUGUUCAGUUUUUAUGCGCGGCAGGCGCAGUACCAGUCCUUCCGGCCCACAGCGGAGGAGCUUGAGACGAAUCGGCCCCUCGCAAUGUUCCGGUUUGCUGCGCGUGCGAUUGUAAACGAAAUGCAUCAGCGCCGACGCGUGUGGACGUGGGAGUAUAUGCGGGAGCGCCGUGAUCUUCGCCGCGAGUAUGUUUUGCUCUUUAAAGAGAAGGAGCUUGCUGAACAACAGACGGCCGAGGGGCAACUGAUCCCAACCACUGGCCGUCUACGAGAGUUGGAGAACAAGCUGGAUCUGCGAGACAUCCGAUUCUUCCGCUCGAUAGCGCGUCGGCAACUUCGGAAGGAGCGGCUGGAAGCGGCCCAAGACGCUGAAGCGCUGCAUGCGCCACCGAAGCCGGCGUCGUCGUCGCGUGGAUGGCUCGGAUGGAUGUGGGGCUCAGGCGCGAGCGAUGCGAAGGAUGCGUCGCCCGUUUUAAACAAGGCGCAGCGAAAGGAGCUGUUUGAUGCGAUUGAAUGGGACGAGAAGACAGGCCAGUCGCUGCGUGCGCCAUUUGAAGAAUUGCCGCCUGACGUGGUCAACCUGCAUGUGACGGCGAAGCUGAACCGCGGCUUGUUGGCGCUAAAAGAUCACAGGGCUGGACAGCCGGUCAUGUCGCUGAUGUUUGACAAUCUCCAGGGAGAAAUGAGUCAGCGGCCACACAAUUUUGACACGUCUGUGACGCUGGGCGCGCUGCGUGUAGAAGAUGGGACGAAUGACGAGAGUCAGUUCCGUGAGAUUGUGCGUGUCAAAGACCGGGGAGACGAUGAUGACUCGUCGAUGCCGCUGCUGUACAUGCGCUUCGAGCACAAUCCACUGGAUGGACGUGCGGAUAACGCGCUGCAAUUACGCACGCGGUCGCUUGAGAUUGUGUACCACGCGUCGUACUUGGAGUCAAUCAUGCACUUUUUCAAGCCGCCAGAGUCGGAGCUGGAGCUGAUUGGCGCUCUGUUAGAUGUGGCGAGCUCGACACUCGAGGGACUUCGGCGCGAGACACGGGCGGGGCUCGAGAAUGCGCUUGAGAACCACAAGACGAUCGAUCUGGUGCUGGACAUUCAGUCGCCCAUUUGGGUGAUCCCAGAAGACGUGACGACCCGCGAUGGUCGGCUUCUGAUGCUGGAUGCAGGGCAUCUCGCGAUGCGAUCGCUUCUGGCCGAGCCCCAGACCAUGGACAUGAUCCGUGCGAAGCACUUCCGGCAGUACACGGAGGAAGACUUCCGGCAGCUAGAAGAGCUCAUGUACGACCGCUACAUCCUUAAACUCGACGAUGUCCAGCUCGUGCUUGGCGAUGGGUACGAAGCGUGCAUGCACAGUUUGCAAAUGCGAGAUGAACGCGAACUUCAUUUGCUCGAGCGCAUCAACCUCUCAUUUACACUGCACAACUCCAUCUUGCCGCGCGCGCCGAACUUGACCAAGUUCAAGGUCACGGGCACGCUACCAAGUUUGCGUGUGCACUUCUCCGACAACAAAUACCGCGCGCUUCUGCAGCUGAUUCAAGUGGCCAUUCCAAGCACAGAGUCGUCCUCGACGUCCAGGUCUGAAGCGACCGCAUUCGUGUUUGUGCCGCAAGAGUCGGCGCGACUGCUGGGCGAGGUAUCCGAAGCGGCGCCACCAGACAUGCUUCGAGUGCCAUCGGACGCAGCCCCGUCUGGACAGACUGCGACGCGUGCUGCGACUCAGGUCUUCAACCCUUUGCAGGCACGUCGUGAGCGCCUUGCUGAGCAGAUGCGCGGCGAUGCAGAUCAGUUGCUUCUCACGGACGACGAUUCUAGUGCGUCGAGUGACGACUCACGCUCAGAGCACGAUGCCGAGACAUAUGAAGAGUCACAGAUCACCGACUCCUCGGAGCUCUUGACCGCGCAGCAAAAGACGUUUGAGUUUGAUCUGGUCGUGGACGAAGUGUCAGGCACGGUGAGCAAAUCCGGGGCCACUACGAAAGAGGACCAACUGCUAGCGGAGGCCGUAUUCCAGCACUUCCGUCUUGGAGUAUAUGUGACGAAGCACAAGCUGCAGGUCGAUGUGCAUCUUGGUUCGCUAGACUUGGUCGACUGCGUCGUGGAACAGGCGCCCAUGUUCCGCCAUAUGAUCACCUCGCGGCCGCUGGAGUCAACCACAGGCCGUGCAGAGAAGCCGGAAGCUGAUGCUCAUGAUCUCAUAUUUGUACAAUACACGCAUGUCAGCCCGACGGCACCUGACUUCCACGAACGACGUUUGUGA